CUGAAUCCUAUCUGAACCGGCUCUAUAAAUACCCGUGAGGGUAGGCAGUGGCAUCGCAUCGCCAGCUGCACUGCACUGCACAACGCAACCUCCUCCCCUCAACUACAGGGAAAUCAGCCAUGAGUGCGUCGUCGGCGAAGCCAGCCACCGGCGGCAAGACGUCGUGGCCGGAGGUGGUCGGGCUGAGCGUCGAGGAAGCCAAGAAGGUGAUUCUGGCGGACAAGCCGAACGCCGACAUCGUGGUGCUGCCCACCACCACGCAGGCGGUGACCUCCGACUUUGGGUUCGACCGUGUCCGCGUCUUCGUCGGGACCGUCGCCCAGACGCCCCAUGUUGGCUAGGCUAGAGCCUCAGCCUAGAGGUCGUCGGCACCGCCGGCCAUGACCACCUGCUAUAUGUCACUACUAGUAAUAAAGUAUAAAUAACAGGGAGGAUGCAUGCUCAUCCUUGGAAUCUGUACGCUUGUUGGACUACUACUUGGCUACUUGAAACGACUACUUGGCUAUUUCUGGAUUCACAAGUAAUAACACUGAUAUGUU